GAAUCGUACAUAUCAAAAUAGUAGUACCGAUUGAAUCGUAUAGAUGGCAGUACAUUUCCAUGAAAGCAUCUGCAUCGAAGCAGAUAAGCUUACGAAGUGUUUAUUAUCGAAGUAAAUUAAAAAAUAAUUUGUCAAUGGAACAAACCUUGCAAAAUUGGACACCUUAUGCAAUAGAAUAUGAUCCUUUAAAAGCUGGUAGUAUAGAUGGGACCGAUACAGAGCCUCAUGACAAAGCUGUUAGUCGGGCUAUGCAAGCACAUUAUGAACCUCCUCAUGGUUUAAAAUCUAAACCUGAAAGAACGCUUUACGUAGCUAGAUUUGGAUCAAAGAUAACGAAGCAAGAUUUAAAAGAGUUUUUUUCUAGAUACGGAGAGGUAUUAUCGGCAAAAGUUAUAAUAGAUUUAGUUACUGGUCUCUCUCAAGGUUAUGGUUUUGUUGAAAUGAGAAAUAUAGACGAAGCAAAAAGAGCAGUAAGACGUUGUACAGAUACGACACUGAAAGGAUAUCAAAUUUUUGUAGAUUUCGAAUGCAGUCGUACUAUGAAAGGCUGGAAACCUAGAAGAUUAGGUGGUGGCUUUGGAGGAAAAAAAGAAUCUGGUCAGUUACGAUUUGGUGGAAGAGACAGACCAUUCAAAAAGCCAAUAAUACCUAACAUUAUAAAAUCGUGAUAUCGAUUUAACAAAUGUUUAAUGUAUUAAAUGAAAAUUAGAACGUAGAAAAUAACCUUGACGAUUUUCUAUGAUAUAUAAUAAUAGGUGUUUCUUUUUUUUUUUUUUCUCUCUCUUCUUUUUAUAAAUAUAAUUUAUGAACGUAUUUAUAAAUGUAAUCGAAUACACGUGAUAUUAUAGGAAAUCGUCGGAUCGUUUAGCAAAAGUGACCGAUAUACGAAAUCAAGAUUUUUUUUUUUUUUUUUUUUUUUUACAAACGUCGACGAUGUAAACGUGUCGACGUCUCGACGUUGUCUGAUCUUUAAAGACGCUUACGCGGAACUUUAUACUUGAACGUUGUUGCGCCCUCUCUCGUCCGCAAGGCUCACCAUAUAAGGAGGCUCCUCUCGUCGCGUGGACUUCAAAACGCUUUUGAAGAUUUAGAACUUUAGCAAGCAAACCUUUAACAACGUUUUCAUCUUCGAUAAAGAUUGUUCUUCCUAUUUCGUCGAGCAUAGAAAGAAUUUAUCACACUUUACUUCGUAUCGUUCGACUUGAAUCAUCGAGAAUCACAAUUAAUCCAAAUUGGCGCUUGAUUCUUGGAUUCCUAUUUCGUCGUUUGUCGCGGCACUACGAAUUCGUUCGCGAGCUAUAUUUUCUUUUUCUUUCUUUCUUUCUUUCCUUCUUAUUUUUCUCUUUGUGUUUUUUUUUUUUUUUAUUUUUUUUAUUUUAUUUAUUUAUUUAUUAUAAUUAUUAUUAUUCCUUUUUUUCUAUUUUUCGCGGAAUCACGAUAACGUAUCGAGAGGACGCGUUAUUUUCCAUUAAGAACAAAAGUAGGGGAAAACUCAGAUUAUUGAUGAUCGAACGAUGACGUAAAUUGGAUAACAUUAGUACUAACCUUUAGUAUAUAUUUGAUAUAUAUAUAUAUUUGAUAUAUAUAUAUAUCGGUUAGAGGUAUGCGCGAUCAAAGACAAGUUUUUCUAAAUACGAUAGAUUUUAACAGGCACACGUGUGCGCGCCUAUAGAUAAAGAUAGAGAUAGAAAGAAACUCAAACGUGAUAGUUAUUCGUUCGAAUUACAUUAUGUAAGAGAAAAUCUAAAGAAAUAAAAUUUUGAAUGAUAAUUUUGAUCGUGAAACUCAUAAUAAUCCAACCCCUAUUUUAUUACCAUCCAUUAUAUAAAUUAUCCAAUUGUUAAAUAUAUAUUUAAUUAAAAUAACGAUCGUAAUUUUUAUUCGAAUUAUUGAUUUUCAUAAUAUUAACAUCAAUUCAAUUGAUUUUAGACAACCAUUUUAGAAACCCACACACAAACACACACACACAUAUAUAUAUAUAUAUAUAAAGAAGAAGAGAAAGAGAGAAAGAGAAAGAUAUAGAAUUUGGUUUAGAAAUUGAUUUAGAAGACACGGGGGCGAAAAUUUCUACCAGAGGGAGAGAAAGAGAAAGAGAAAGAGAGAGAGAGAGAGAGAGAGAGAGAGAAAGAAAGAACAGCCGGUUAUUCGUUCGACGGUGGAAUAAAAAAGAACAUACGUUUGAACUAAAAUAGUAUCGUCGGCCAGGAUCGUAUCACGCUCAAGCCCCACGGACGUAGAUCUCCUUUCUAUUAAUAGUAACAAACGAGAAUUAAGGAUCGAAGAAGAAGAAGAAGAAGAAGAAGAAGAAGAGGAAAAAGAUGAUGAAGAAGAGGAAGAAGAAGAAGAAGAAGAAGAAGAAGAAGGAGGAGGAGGAGGAGGAGGAGGAGUAAUACCAGCUAACGACAGAAUCUUGUUCCUUAAUCAACCGCAAACAUGUCCGACGACGAGG